AUGGCUGAAUCAGGUUCAACUCAGGAGCAGACAGAAUUUUUUAUCUUAAACAGCCAAAAGGUACCGAAGCUUUCUGGUGAAGAAUCUGUUUGGUCCCUGUCAUCUGUGACUUCAUUGACAGACAAUUAUAAGUCACUCCCAAAAGGUUUUACUUUUACUGAAGUAAAUGAGAAAAACAGUUCGAAAUCCAAAAGGAAAGUAAUUAACUGGCCACCUAUUGAUUGGAAAACUACACCAGGUUUUGGUUGUACUGAUGCAAAUCUUUCCAAGACACAGGCACCAGUUGCACAUUCUGUUUCAGUUGACAUUAAUUGGACCAUUGAAGAUGAUUCAGCAAUGACAUCUGCAGCUUUAGUUUUGCCAGGCUCUGAUGAUCUGCAAGAACAUUCUGGUUAUGCUUGCAAUGAGACUGGAAAUGGAAUGCAUACUGAAUUUGAUCCUAUUAAUGUAGGUUUUGUUUCUGACUCUCCUGAUUUGGGUUCAUUUCCUAAUUUUAGCAAGAGAGACCAGCCUAGAUAUGGUACAUCCAGUGGAAGAGAUGCAAUGCUAACCGGGAGACUGGGUGAGCUUGUUGCUUUCAAAUACUUGAUUUCAAAAGCUGGAAAGUCAGUUGUGAAGUGGGUUAAUGAAUGCAAUGAAACUGGGCUUCCCUAUGACAUAGUUGUAGGGGAGAAGGAAGACAGUACAGAGUUCAUUGAAGUUAAAGCAACCCAGUCUCCUAGAAAGGACUGGUUCCACAUAUCAAUGAGAGAGUGGCAAUUUGCCGUAGAUAAAGGUGAAGCCUUCAGCAUUUUGCAUGUCAUUUUAUUGGGUAAUAAUGCUGCAAAGGUCUCAGUAUACAAGAAUCCUGUACAAUUGUGCAUGCUGGGGAAGCUGAAGUUGCAUCUUAUGAUGCCUAAGCAACAGAACGAAUUAUUCCUUUUGUCCUGA